AUGUAUUUCAUUGGGAAUGAAAAAAAUGUGAAUAACACAGGACUGAUAUAUACAACACUUGAAGUGAUAAAUCUUGAUGAGCUUAAACAAUUUGCUGAAUCAGAAGAAAAAAAUGAAAAUGAUGAAAUUUGUUACUUAGAAUAUUUUAGAAAAAACAAAAAAUUGAAUAAUCUUGAAAAAAUUCUAAAUAAUAAUAUAAUUAAUAGUCAAAUUAUUUUAACAAACUUUACUGAAAAUGAUAAGGAUAUUAUAAAUGCUGAACAUAUAUAUACAAAUGUUGUAAAACAUAAAACAUCUUAUCUUAUGAAAAACAUUUAUUUAUCUACCUUUUUUACGAGUGAUUAUAUAAAUAAUAUUUGUAAGGAAUAUAAACAAGUUCUUAUUAAUUGUGAUUCAAAAUAUCAUAACAAAAUAUAUAUCGAUAAUAAUUAUAUAUAUCUUUGUGUCAAUGAUUUGACAAAAUUAAGUUUAAUAACACACAAAAAUUUAUAUAAAGAUAAGCAUGGGCUUUCAAAUAUAGUAAUGAUCGAUUUAAAUACUUCUUCCGAAGUUGAUGAAAAAAGAGAAUCCAUAUAUGACCAAAACGGUAGAACUACUAUAGAUUGUGAAAAAAAAACAAAACAAAUUAAUUCUACCUUUGAAAAGGUGAACAAGACAAAUAAAAAUAACAACGAAGAUUUAGAAAAUUGCAAAGUGUAUAAUCAAAAAUAUAAAAUGAGAGAAAUAUAUAAAAAUUUUUUUUCUGAACUUAACAUAUAUCCAAUGAAUUUAAUAGGUACCUAUGAUAAUUAUAAUAAUAGUACUGAUUUUAUAAAUAAAUUAAGUAGUAUUUUUUUAAAAAAUAAAAGUAAAAAUGCAAAAAUUUAUCCUAUACAUCUUGAAUAUCAUGAAACAACAUAUCAAGGAAAUAGUAAUGACACAUUACUAAAUAAUAAUAAUUAUCAACAAAUAAAUUUAAACAAUCCAACUAUUAAUAAUAAUGAAAAUGUUAGUAUAUUAAAUCAGUUAAAUUCAAUAACAGAUAUAUAUAAAGAUAUAUUUAGUACAUCUAAUUUAUCCACCAAUUUAACAACAUCUUUUGAAUAUAACAUAGAAAAUGAGAUUGAUAAAAAUCCAAACUUAAAUUUUUCUAAAAAUAAAAAAUCAAAUAAUUUUUAUUACGAACUAGAUGUAGAAUUUAUACAAAAUAAUAUAUUCUCUCAAUGGGAAAAACAUAAAAUUAUAAAUAACAAACAUAAUGAAACAGACGAGUCAAGUAAUUCUCCAUCAAUCAGAGACGAUAUAUAUUACGCGCAAAAUAAAUUACGCCACAACAUAAAAAGGGAUGCAAACCUAAGCAGUGAUACUAAUGAGAAUGGUGGGCAAGCAAAAGGAAAUAUACAUAAUACGAUGCCCUGCAUAAAUGAUAAGACAUUUUAUAUAAAUAAAAACUUGUCUGAUAGCAGUGAUGAUGGUAUACUCGACUUUUGCAAUAUAAAAAGAGAGGAAGGGAAUAGUAACAGACAAAAUAAAAAUCAUAAACAAAAAGAUGCACAAAAUAAUGGCAACAUAAUAAAUAAUGAAAGUUGUCAAAAAAAAGAAUGCUCUGAAUUGAUUGAAGAAUAUAAAAAUAAAAAAGUUAAAAAAAUUUUGAAUUUUUUACAAACACAUCGAGAAAAUUAUUUUGUAGACGAUGAAAUAUUUUUAGAAAAAAAAUCUUUAUUACAAAUUAUGAAUUAUAAUGCAAAGACAAUGGAUUUUAAAAAUGUAACUAACUUAAAAAUGGAUGAACAAAAUUAUGAUGAAUUUAUUAACUAUUUAGCUGAAUAUAUAGGAAAAAUACAUUUGGAUAUACAAAUAAAAUUUAAAAAUAAAUCUAAAAAAUUUCUUAAAGAAAAACAAAAUAAAAAUCAAAUACAAAAAAUUAUUUUAAAUAAUGGAUUAAUAAAUAGUUCAAACAUUUUUCCCAUUUUUAAUUUCUUGUUAAAUCAAAUGCUAAAAAAAGAUGGCAUUCAAAAUGUAAAUAAAUUACAUUAUGUUAUGUCUAUGCAUGGAUAUGAAUAUAAUUUUGUUAAUUAUGAAAAAAAUUUUAAAGAAAUAUCUACACAAUCAUCUCUUCAUUUGUUUAUGUUUUCAUCAAACGGUUUUCUUUACUUAAUUCUGCUCGACACAUGCAAUCGGAUUGGUUGA